AUGAGCAACGAAGUCCAAUUACUUGAAAAUGUCGAGCUUAAGCUUGCCAUGUGCAAUACUGAUGCACAGUUGGAAAAGACGAUACAAAUCUUCCUCCCGCCCGUUUUACUCAAACUAGCCAGCACCAAUGCUGAAGCUAAAAAGAAAGUAAUGGAGAUCCUCUCGCACAUCAACAAACGAGUAAAGACCAACGACAAGAUCAAACUUCCUUUUGACGCCCUCUUAUCGCAGUUCACAGAUGCGUCUGUCUCGACCUUUGUCAAAAACUUCACUCUCAUGUACCUGGAAAUGGCUGCCAGUCGUCUCUCUGCAGAAGAAACGGCUCAUCAUGUACCUGAAUUUCUGCGAGGCAUCAGCAACAGGCCCGCACAGCAACGCAUUCCACUGCUUCAUAUCGUAUUGCCUGUGUUAAUAAAAUGGAAAAUGGACCAUGGAGAGCAAUUGACAGCAAGAACAGCUGUCUUCCACUUUGAUGAGAACCCCAACGAUAUCCCAUUCAUUUUGAGUUUCUUUCUGGAUGUCAUGUUGUAUCAACCUUUGACAGCGAGAGAAAUUGCAGAGCAAGAGGAGGAAAGUACCGCACCCAAAUAUCCUGGAUUGAGUCCAUUGGCAGUGGAGGAAGUGACCAACAAGGGAAAAGUUCAUUGGACAACAUCCAAGCUCAAGGAUGCCAAGUUGGGUAUCAUGAACCUGAUCCUGACACCCAUCUUCACUGACAGUGAGCGAUUACCGUUGCUCGUGGCAGGUGUAUGUGAUCCCAAUCAUCAGGUGGUAUCAGCAUGUGAAGACGGCAUGCGUAGAUGGACAGGCAACGUGGAUUACGAGGACGAAGCUACCAUCAAGUCACUGUACAAGCUGUAUUUGGGCUCCAAACCUACUGCCAAAGCAGCCAACAAGGAUGGCAGAUCUCAGGCACCGAAUGCAGCCAAAUUGCGUAUCCUGCAGUACCUGUCAAAAUCAAUUGCCGCUACCAACAUGGUAGCACCGAUGAUCCAGGUCAUUUUUGAUGGUAUUUAUGGUGAUCUCACUAAUGCCAAAUUGCAACGAUCUGCCAUGUCCUUCUUGCAAUGGUGUGCACGCAUGAGCAAAGAAUCAAGCAUUGGCCCUGUUGCACCUGUCAUCAUUUCAGGUCUGCUCAAGUACAUUAACGAAAACGAAGAGACACAAGGCUACGAUGCAGAGAGUAUCAAAGGGUAUGCUUAUAUUGCCUGCGGUCUUGUAGCCAAGAAGGUGCCUAAGGUUGGCUUAGAAGACACACAUAUGCUUUCUCUCUUUUUCGACAAUUUGGAGCAAGAGCAAAAGAACGUCCGCACCUAUGUCCAAGACGCUCUGUCUUCCAUGAUGGAAAUCUAUGUGGAUAUUGCAUCCGAUGCGCCCAUUUACCAUGAUUUACAACAGAUUAUCUUGAAAGCAGUGCAAAAGAGCGACUCGUAUUCUCGUUACAUGGCUUUGAAAUACGCCAAUGCCAUCUAUCCUUUCUCAAAUGUGUUUGCCCGCUACGUGUGUCUCUUGGGCAGCUCCAACGCUGUUGUAAAGCUUGAUGUCAAGGAAGAAGCACGUCGUGGUUUGGUGCCUUUUGUGCGCAACAAGUAUGGCCUGGUAGAGAAUGUUGAUGUCAUUGCUCCCACAGAAUUGCCUCAACUGAACGAGUUGGUUAACUACAUCCAUAAUCACCGUCCUGACGAAAACUACUCUUUGCUGUCCAAGACACCAGUGGUCAAAGGGUAUCCUGUGGAAGUGUACGCUGAGAUUUUGCGCUUCUUACGUAUGAUUUGGAUCUUGCAAGUCAACCCAACCAACAUCUUGAUUGAUCAAUACGUGGCUGACAAGGUGGAGAAUAGCAUAUCUGAAGACCCUGUGACUAUGCUCAACUUUAAGAACAGUAUUGCUGAGAUGUGGUCUCAUAGCGAGGAUAAGCAAGUGCUGCAAGACUGGCUGGAAUUUGUGGAGUACGGCUUGGAUCCUGAAUUGAAAGACUCUAUUCUGCUCGCUACAUCUGCUAAAUGUCUAUUGGAAAUCAUCUCGUUUGGUCCCUCCUCCAUUUCCACCACCUUCAAAGAUCGCCUUUCAUUCUUCAAAUCACUGUCUCUUUCCGAUAAGCUGGAUGCGCGUAUCCUGGUGUCCCAUAUCUUUGGUAUCAUUGCUAGUAAUGACAGUGUGCCUCAAGCUGAAAUUGAUGCCAUGCUCUCCGAAUUCUGCGACAUUCUGGAGGCCCCUGAAGGAAAACAACAGCAAGCCAUGGAUCACCGCCAUGGCGCUACUCUCUCUAUUGGUUACCUGGUAGGCCGCUGCCAUUAUCGCAGGCGCAAUUUGCCUCAAGCACUCUACCAACGCUGCGUUUCCAACCUUGUAAACCUCUUGGAAGGACCUGCUAGCUCUCCCUUCUAUAUGAUGGCAAAUGCUGCCUGCCAAGCUAUUGCAGAAAUUGGUCGCUCUCAGCUAUUGCCUUUCCCUGUAGAAAAAAGCGUGGACAGCUCGAUGGACAUUGACACUGCUAUGGAAGAUGUCAUUGAGAAGCUCUCCAAGUUAGCCAACACAUGCAAGGAAGCCAAGGUACAAGAGAGGGCCACACUGGCACUGGGCCAUCUCACCAUCCCUCUUGUGCAACACUCGCACAAUGCCCUUGUGAAAAAGAUUGUUGAUGCACUCUACACGACAGCUGACACCAAGCAAGUUGAGUUGGCUUUUGCCAGUGGCGAGGCUUGGUCCGUGUUGGCGUUUGGCUGGGAUUCUCAAUCCAUGCAAAAGUACAAGGACAUGAGCGAUAUGCCCCUACUGCAAGACCUGAACACCAAAGAAUGCUACGCUUUCCAGCCCGUGAUUGACAAAAUGAUCCGCAACUAUGUUGCUAGUAACCGCUCAUGGUAUCGCAAGGCCGCUUGUAUUUGGUUACUCUCUAUCCUCAAAUUCGGUAAAGAUCAACCACUUGUCAAGACCAAUUUGGGCAACAUGCACGCCUCUUUCUCCCGUCUUUUGGCUGACCGCGAUGAUUUCACUCAGGAAUGUGCCUCAAAGGGUCUCGGUCUUGUUUACGAAUACGGCGAUGCAAAAAUCAAGGAAGACAUGCUGUACGCCUUGGUCGGCACGUUCACAGAGGGUCGUCAAAUUCAAGCACAAUCUGUUACUGAUAACACGGUGCUAUUUGAAGAAGGUGCUCUGGGAGAGACGCCCGAUGGCAAUUCCAUUACCACCUACAAGGAGCUCUGCUCACUAGCCUCUGAGCUCAACCAGCCUGAUCUCAUCUAUAAAUUCAUGAACCUUGCCAACCACAAUGCCAUGUGGACAUCACGUCGUGGUGCUGCAUUCGGUUUCCAGAAUUUGAUGGCGCUGGCAGAAAAGGAGAUGGAGCCCUACUUGCCUCGCUUGAUUCCAAAGCUCUACAGAUACCAAUUCGACCCUAACCCUCGUGUGAAUCAGACAAUGAAGUCCAUCUGGAAGUCGCUGGUUAAGGACAACCAAAAGACCGUAGACACUUACUUUAACGAAAUCAUGCAAGAUCUGCUGACUGGCCUUGGUAAUCGUCAAUGGCGUAUUCGUGAGGCCUCUUGUGCUGCUAUCACUGACCUCGUCAUGGGCCGUCAGUUGGCUCAGAUUGAGCCCUAUCUUGAACAGUUGUGGCAAAUGUGUUUCCGUGCCCUGGAUGACAUUAAGGAUUCCGUGCGUCAAGCCGCCACUGCCACCUGUCGUUCACUGACAAAGCUAACUGUGCAUUACUGCGAUCCUACUAUGGUUGCUAUGGCGGAUGGCUUAAAGGUGAUGGACAUUGUCAUGCCAUUCUUGCUUCAAAAAGGUAUUGUCUCAGACGCUGAGGAUGUACGCAAGUUCAGUUUGGAUGCUGUAUUGCGCGUGUGCAAGACGGGCGCUGCUUUGCUAAAGAAAUACGUACCUGAGCUCAUCGAUACACUGCUGCAAUCAUUGUCAUCCCUGGAACCCCAGUCGAUGAACUACCUUAGUUUCCAUGUGGACAAGUACAACAUAUCUCAAGAGCAGUUGGAUAAUGCCCGUUUAAGUGGUGCUAAAAACUCGCCCAUGAUGGAAGGCAUUGAACACUGUGUCAAUCAGAUUGAUGAGCAAGUCAUGGAGGAACUGACACCUCGUAUUCUCCAUAUUGUUAGAAAAGGUACUGGUCUUCCUACCAAGGCUGGCUGUGCUCGCUUCAUUGUUACUUUGGUCAUGAAUCGUCGAUCUGCAUUUAAGCCAUUUGCGGACGCUUAUCUGAAGGCUUUGAGUGGCACUAUUCGUUCCAAGAAUCCAGUGAUUCGCAAGUCGUAUGCCACUGCUAUCGGCUACGUCUGUCAAUUAGCUACUUAUGACAGACUUGUCUCUGUUGUAAAGCACCUGAAGAAGCUUUACAUUGAUGAAGAGGAUGAAGAUGCCAAGGCGGGUAGUGCUGUAACAGCUGUUGAAAUCACCCGUUUUGCUACCGAUAGAGCCAAUUCUAUCGCUACAGUCAUUGUUCCUCUUAUAUUCUUUGGUGAGCAUGACCCCGAGGAAGAUCUAGACAAACUGUGGAAGGCUGCUUGGGAGAAUCUGACGUCUGGCACUCGUAGCAUGGUUACCAUGUACGCUGACGAGAUUCUCGAGUUUGUCCAACCUCUAUUGACAUCCUCAUCUUGGAAAAUCAAGCAAACGGCUGCCCUCACUAUUGCUGACAUGUGCAAGGCCACUGGUAAGGGCGUUCAAGUACACGCGCAUAAGCUGUUGCCUGUGUUGGUAUCCACAUUGGCUACCCGCUCUUGGGCUGGUAAAGAGAACGUGUUGGAUGCAUUUGUCCAGCUGUGUAUCUCUGUAAAGGACUCGUUUGGAGGUUCGGAAUCAGAGCCUUCACUCGCGGAGGUAGCCAAAAUCAUGGUUCGUGAAGCCAAGCGCAAAAACAGAGCUUACCAACGCCACGCAUUGGUGUCGCUGGCAAGUUUCAAUGAUUGCUUUGCUGAAAAAAUGAAUGUGCUUGACAUGGAGCAAGAAUUCCUGACCGAAUUGUGCGAAAUGGACGAAACAGCAGCCAUGGAGGACGAAGAUAACGAUAAUGCAAAGCCUCUAUUGCUGAUGAUCAAGGCCAAUGCAUUCAAGGCACUUGUGUCAGCUUACAGACCCAGAUCAUUCGCUAGUCAAGACACUCAAACAUUAAGCUUGGCCGAGAUGACAACAAGCUGUCUUCGUGGCAAUGUGUGGAAUGUACAGCUAGCUAUUUUGCAAAGCCUGAAAACAUUUGUGGAUCACGCAACCUCAACUGGAUUGGCUGACGACAAGGUGAUGAGUGCGUUAAUGAAGGCUGUAUUUGAUUCAUUAGAUGAUCUCAAAUAUUCAGCUAUUCGAUCCGCUGCGGUGGAUGUGUUGGAACAAUUGGUAUCCAGUGGAUCAGUUCAAGGUAAUGCAAAGGCGAUAUUCACUCGAGGUGUCAUGAAAUGUGUGCAGCAAGAGCCAAUUGCAUUGAUCAAGGAUAGAUUACAGAAACUGUCUUCCAGAUUGUAG